CUUGGGGGUGGGUCCUUCUCUUAGCGUGGGGUGGGGGUCCUACCCCCUGUCUCCCUCCCCGGGGGCGGUAGAGUUGUUUAAGAUCCUCCUUAGCCUGUGGGUGGUUGAAGUCUUCUGGACUCAGUCACGGCAAGGGAGAUGAGAGCGGGGGUAGCGAGAUUCGCGGACUCGGCCCCUCUCCGGAGGAGUUAGAGACCUCCAGCUGCGGCCAGAGGUGCUGGAAGGUGGAGGGGCCCUGGGAGCUGGCUUCCUGUGGUUAGGGAACUAGCAAUAAAGCUGCAAGAAACACCUGAACAUGUGGAAUCCCAAUGCCGGGCCAAAUCCACAUCCCCCUAACAUCAGAGGCCCUGGAGGUCCCCAUCCUCCCCCUCCACCACAUGUCAAUCCUGCCUUUCCUCCAGGCCCCCCUCCCUCCGGACCUCCCCCCGGGAAUCCAGCUUUCCCCCCACCUGGGCCCCCUCCUCCUGGGCCACAACCAGGGUAUCCAGGAUGCCAACCCUCAGGUCCCUACCCCCCUCCAUUCCCACCACCUGGCCCUGGCAUGCCUCCUUUCAAUCCCUUGGCUCCCGGAAUGGUGAUGGACAAGAAGAUGCGGAAGAAAAUGAAGAAAGCUCAUAAAAAGGCGCACAAACACCACAGGCAUGGCAAGCAUUCCUCCUCCUCCUCCUCCAGCAGUGACUCUGAUUGAACCCAGGGCCUGGACCCUUCCCUCAAGUCUCUCCAGUUCUGCUCUCCCAUCAAGCUUCAGAUGCCAUCUUCUUGUACGGGGCGAAAUUAGCCCACGUGUCCCCCUGCAGCCCCAUCUGAGCCUCAAUCUGCUGUUCACCCCCCGCACCCCCAUCUGAGCCUCAAUCUGCUGUUCAGUCCUAACUGGCUAGGGAAAAUGGGAAAAGAAUCACCAUGGGCUAGCAAAGGCUAUCUUCUCACUACUUGGAUAGAACUUAAGCUAUCGAAGCUUAAGCUUAUUAUGAUGAGUUUAGCAGGAUAUCUAUUUUUUGAAGAUGGUGAGACCUUUGAGCUAAAUGCUGAAGACAAGUCUAAGAUCUGUAAAAUGUGAUUUUUUACUUUCUUUUGUAAUACUUGUGGUUGGGGAGGUGUUGUGGAAACUUAAUUAUGGAAAAAAAAACAACCUGUAUCUUUUUUGGAAUUGUGGCACAUGUGAAGGCCUUUAUUGAUUGUACUAACUGCAAGACUGCUGGAAAGUGGGGUCCAUUUGGUUGAUGAGCUCUGCCAUUUUGGAACCUAAUCUCUACUCUUUAGCUCAUAUGCUAUCUCAGGUCCUCCUCUCAUUCUCCAACUCUCAAUCCAAAUAAAGCUACUUCUCCUGG